UUAAGGUAGCUUACAUGACCAGUACUCCUGCAUAAAGGAAGAUUCUCGAUAUUUAGGAGUGGUGGAAAAAGACCCUCCCCAUGAGACACAAACUCUUCCAGAUAUCUCUCCUGACGAAGAAGAAUUUUACUUUACAGUUUAGAAGACCAGUAGGAGCUCUAGUUGAACUUCUUCUACCAUGUGUGUUUCUGGGCCUUAUUGCUCUCGUCAGACUCUCGUCACCUGUUGUAGAUCACUGCUUCUCGUACUUUGAUCCCUUGUCUCCUGUGAAGUUUGAUAACAAAUAUCCUAGGCUAUCUGUGAUUGGAAUUUCUCCUGAUAACCCACAAACUCUAGCUAUAGCGAACUGUAUGAGAGAUAGUAAGGACUAUCUUCAAGACUUUGUGGUUGAGCAAUUUACAGAAGAUGAAAUCAAAGAUAUUGUUAAAGAACUGGACACAACUAACCCGGCAGAGUUGGCAAAGGCAAUUUUAAAGAUAAGAACGGAGCUCGGAAUAGAAACAGACAAUUUGAAGCUCUUGGCGAUCAUGGAUAAAAAAGUUCUUGAAGAAAGUCUCGUCCAGAAUUCAGCCAUGUUUUCAGCAGCAAUCGAGAUUGAAAUUGACGUUCAUCAUGCUAACUACACACUGGGAAUGCAGACGAAUGUGGCCCGUCGUGGCCGCUGGUACACAGACAGAGAUUACCCCUAUUAUUUUAGACCGGGUCCAUCACUUUUCAGGGGCUACGAUCAAGGGUGGAUAGCUCUGCAACAAGUGAUUGAUAGAUGCAUCUUGGAGGGAGAGGGUUUGGAGAAGCUGCCGGUUGUAGCACUGCGGCAAAUGCCGUACCCGGCGUGGCAGGAAGACAGCUUUGCGAACGCGAUCAGGAACAGUCUUCCUCUCAUGAUUGUUAUUUCCUUCCUCUGGAUUGGGGCUUCCAUUAGCAAGGAAUUGGUAGGAGAAAAAGCAAGUCGAAUGAAAGAGACGAUGAAGAUGAUGGGUCUAGCUAACUGGAUCCUGUGGCUGAGUUGGAUCAUCCAGCGAAUAGUACUGAUGCUGGUUACCGUUUUUCUCAUGACUCUAGUCAUGAAACUGGCUAACUACGUCCUCUACACCCAUCCCGUCAUUCUCUACUUAUUCUUGUUUGAGUAUGCUCUCACGGUCAUGUGCUUCUGUUUCUUCCUCAGUACGUUGUUCUCAAAGACUACCACUGCAAUUGCUGGCACUAUGCUCGGCUACUUUCUUCUCUAUGUCCCCUACUUCUUCCUUGGGAACGAGUUUGAUAACAUGUCUGAUAAUGCCCGGUAUAUGAGCUGUCUCCUAUCGUCCACCUGUAUGGGAUACGGAGCUAACAUCAUCUCCAAGUGGGAGACUAUGGAGGAAGGUCUACAGUUUUCCAACGUUGCCACACAAACCAGCGACUUGGAUACCUUCACCAUGGCUGAUGUAAUGAUCAUGUUGUUUGUAGACAUUAUCAUCUACUCUCUCAUGACCUGGUAUGUGGAGGCAGUGUUCCCCGGUGAGUUUGGUAUCAAGCAAAAACCCUGGUUCAUGUUCACUAAGACCUACUGGAUGGGAUCUGAAAUCAACAUGGAUAAGUACAACAAGAACGGAACUGUUAUUUCUAACUCCUAUCACGUGGAAGAUGGAAAGGAUGGUGACGGUAUGCCACCAGUUGACGGUGACGGUAUACCAGUACCUCCCACUGUAAUCGACGUGGAAGAUGCUCAACACGAGAAAAGGCCCAGACACAAGACAGUUGGCAUAUCAAUCCAGGGACUGGUGAAGAGGUUCGAGACUCCCAAGGGGAAGAUGACAGCGGUGGAUGGGUUGAGUUUGGAUAUGUAUCAAGGUCAGAUCACCUCUCUGCUGGGACACAACGGGGCUGGAAAAACGACGACAAUGUCCAUGUUGACUGGACUGUUCUCUCCGUCCGGCGGAAACGCCCUGGUAAACGGGCACUCCAUCCUGACCAGUAUGGACAAGGUCAGGGGCAGCCUGGGGAUGUGCCCUCAACAUAACGUCCUCUUUGAUCGGCUCACUGUCAAGGAGCAUCUUCUCUUCUUCAUUAGACUCAAGGGCUAUGACGGCGACAUCAUGACAGAAGCGUACAGGAUGAUGGAAAUGUUAAAGCUGGAGGACAAGGUGGAUACCAAAGCAGAUGAGUUAUCCGGAGGUAUGAAGAGGAAGUUGAGUGUCGGUGUCGCGUUGGCUGGGGGUUCCAAGGUGGUCAUAUUGGAUGAACCUACUGCUGGUAUGGAUCCCUACGCGAGACGUGCUACUUGGGAUUUAAUUCUCGAAAACAAGGAGGGUAGAACGAUCCUACUUACGACUCAUUACAUGGACGAAGCAGAUUUCUUAGGAGAUCGUGUCGCUAUCAUGGCGUCUGGUAAACUCGUCUGUUCUGGCUCUUCUAUGUUCUUGAAAAAGAAAUACGGUGUUGGUUACCAUCUGACUCUGGUCAAGAAACCCGGAUGCGAUGUCCCUGCUGUUGAAGAAUUCAUUAAGAAGCACGUUGCUUCAGCCCAGAAGAUAAGUGAUGUUGGCAGUGAGCUUGUAUUUAUAUUACCGGAUAAUCAAGUCGACAACUUUGUCCCACUAUUCAAGAAACUUGAAGAGGAUAACCUUGACGAUAAGGCUGAUAUCGAGAGUUUUGGUUUGUCUCUCACUACAAUGGAGGAAGUCUUCAUGAAGGUCGGAGAAGAAGAAGAAGAUAAGAAGAACUUGCUGCUAGAGAAUGGAAAACUUGAAAAUGGAGAUGCUAUCAAGAUUGAAAAGCAGGAUGAAGACCUGGCUGGAAAUGUCCGCCAGUUCAAAGUCUUUAAACCGGAGGAGCUUAACUUUGGUUUGACCCUCCUGGUUCAACAGCUGGAGGCAAUGAUCAGAAAACGCUUCAUCAACUCAAUGCGCUACAAGAAAGCGAUCAUUGCACAGCUUAUCCUGCCACUAUUAUUCGCUGUCCUUGGGUUACUGGUAGUCUACACUGCACCCUCUCCUGACGCAGAAGAGUCAAGGUUUAUCACGCUCACCGACUAUCCCGGGAAAGGAAUGCGAGGAAUGGCCUUCCUGGCAGACUUGACUGAUACAGGAGACACCGAUAACUACUUUUCGACUCCGAUCACGGAUUACUUAGAAACCCAGAACUUGUUCGGAAACAGUCUUGGUGAGGCUGUGCGGCAAAACAAAACGGACUACCAAAACAAGGCGGAGUAUCUGAAGGAAACCUGCUGUUUAGAACAAUCUCUUGAACUUGCAGAAGUUUGUGUUGAUUUAGGACUUGACAAGCUUGAAUGGAAGUUCUGUGCUGACAAGAGGAAGUCGGUGUGGGGGUACAAGGCUUGUUAUGACACGUGUUUCGAACCUACAGCAGCUCCAAACGCCACAUGUGGAGAUCGACCUGAGGUCCACGAGAAGUAUCUGGAUGAUGAUUUGAGUUACUUCAACAACGUGUUCCUCGGCCAAAUAGAGGGUGAUGUGAAGUUUUACCGGAAGAAACAAGUCGCUUACACCAGAUCUUAUGUUUCCAAAGAAGUUGUUAGACUGCUGAAAUCUACUGACGGCAAGGCCCUCGAUGAUUAUGAUGAAUCGUCGGCAGACUUUGUCCUGGGUACCACAAAUCUUGACGCCGAGAAACAGAUAGUUCUCACUGGCUGGUUUUCUCAUGAGGGCAUUCAUCUUGCACCAGGGGUUCAGAAUGCGAUGAGUAACAUGCAGCUAGUUUCUGGGGGAAAGAGUAAAAGGAUAAACGUGAUGAACAGACCGCUACCUAAAUCUCUUAUUGAUAGGUUUAUGGACGCAGGAGCUAGUCUUCAAGCUGGUAGCUUAUCGAUCAUGAUGUUGCUUGGGUUCUCUUUUCUCACCACCUCAUUCGUACUGUUCGUAGUGGAGGAGCGUGAGAACAAGAGUAAACAUUUGCAACAAAUAAGUGGAGUUAACGGAAUUGUCUACUGGGCGGGCACCUUCAUGUGGGACAUGUUGAACUAUACCGUCUGUAUCUUGAUCGUCACCAUCGUCUUCCUCAUCUUCAACCUGGAGGGACUGCGAGGCCAGGCCAUUGGAGCUGUCUUUGUUCAUCUGCUGAUAUAUGGUUAUGCAAGUAUUCCAUUUGUAUAUCUGUGUUCACUUCCCUUCAACUCUCCGGUGUCUGCGUACGCUAUCAUUGCUGUCUUCACCUUUAUCUCUGGGCUGGCGGGCUACAUAGCUAACCUCAUUCUGACUAUUCAAAAUGAUGAUUUCCAACCCACUCUACAGAAAAUACUGCUCAUUCUUCCCAACUUCUGUUUUAUCCAAGGACUGACAGAUAUCUAUGGAAAUGGGAUCCAGAGAUUCGUUUACGACACGUGCGUUGGAGCAUUUGGUGAAAUUCAAUGCAAGAAGCAAGGGUUUACAACUUCAUCCGUUUUCGCAGUGGAUGGACCUAAUCUUAGUAUCGGGGAGGAACUUCUUGCAAUGUUCGCUGUUGGCACUGCAGCCAUGAUCAUUGUUCUUUCCAACGAGAUGCUCGGUAAAACUAUCUCACUGAUGGGUAAAACUGGUGUAAAAUCUCCGAUCCCUCACGGCGAGGACGACGACGUGAAGGCGGAGAGGACACGUGUCUCUUGCGAGGUUCAGAAACUCACGAAGGAGAGUGCCGUUGUCAUGACUAAUCUCAGGAAGUGUUAUGGAGACACUAUUGCUGUCCAAAACCUUACUUUAGGUAUUCCCAAAAACCAGUGUUUUGGUUUACUGGGAGUUAACGGAGCAGGUAAGACUACAACAUUCUCCAUGCUGACUGGAGACGUACCCUUGACCGGAGGAGAGGCUUUUAUCGCUGGGUAUGAUUUGAAGAAGGACAUCAGAAAAAUACAGCAACGUAUCGGAUACUGCCCUCAAUUUGACGCCCUAAUAGGUGUGAUGACCGGAAGAGAGCUGCUCAGCAUGUUUGCUAACUGUAGAGGUAUUCCCAGACAAGAGAUCGAACAAACAGUUAACGAGGCAAUCAAGAACUUGAACUUAGACGAGUAUGCUGACAAACUGUGUGGAAGUUACAGCGGAGGAAACAAGAGGAAGUUGUCCACUGCUAUAGCCCUGGUAGGUAACCCUGAAGUCCUGUUCCUGGAUGAACCCACUGCAGGAAUGGACCCCAAUGCUAGACGAUUCUUGUGGACUGUUCUCGCCGAUCUCAUCGCUGCUAACAUUGGUACAAGUAUUGUGCUAACUACUCACUCCAUGGAGGAGUGUGAGGCACUGUGCAACAGAUUAGUUAUCAUGGUUAACGGGGCCUUUAGGUGUUUGGGAGGCAUUCAGCAUCUCAAGGGAAAGUAUGGUGAUGGGUAUACGUUAACGAUGACCAUGUCCGAGGAGAAACAGGAAAACUGUAUCCUUUUCAUGAAGAAAAUCUUCCCUGAUGCAAUUCUUAAGGAAGAACAUAUGGGGUAUUUACAUUACGAGUUGAGUGCCGGAAUUGCGUGGAGUACUAUCUUUGAUGAGAUGGAAAAGAAUAGGAAACCUCUCUAUAUUACGGACUACGCAGUCAACCAGACAUCUUUAGAACAGGUGUUCCUGAACUUCGCUAAAGACCAGCGAUCAGAGGACGAAACAGUCGUGAAGAGAGGAUGUUGUUCAUGUUGUUACGGGGGUAAGAAGGAAUCUCAAGUUGAGGAUUCCUCCGCAGAGGGCAGACGCCUCAGCCGAGUGUCCAUGAACAGAAGAGCCAGUAUCGCAAGUAACGCUAAAGUCAGGGUGUGAUAUUUGGAGCGGAGGUCGCCAUUACCAUACGUAUUGGUGAUCGUGAUGUCAGAUGUUGUUGUUUUUGUUCAGUUUUUAGAUAAGAUUGUGCACCUGUUUGUAGUAUUGACUCUCAGAAAUUUUUUACUUUUUUCAUCUGUAUAGAAAUGUUAGUAGCGGUGCAGUUUAACUAAGUGGCAGUACUGGUUAGAAGUUGACGUACAUUUUUCUUAAACAAUGAACUCGUCAUUUUUGAUUCGUGAAAAAGCUGUAUUUUAUAACUUUUCGUGUUCUAUAUCCCUCUGAAAGUGUUCACAUCAAAUAAAUUCUGGUCAGGUAAAAUAAUUGUUUGAUAAAUUUACCCUAGAACAAGCAGGUGCGUGUGUCGUGAUUUGUGAAGUUUGUCGAUGGUUUUAUCAGUUAUCAUAUUCGAUAGCGACGUAUAACUUUCUGUUGAUUUAUGAUUUUGCCAGAGAUUUAUAGCAUGUUUAAUUAUAUAUUCAGAAAACAUCAGAAUCUUUUAAAUGUUGACUGUAUUUUAUGUCUUCACAAACAUUAAAUAUUAAACAAUGCAGUCGAGUGUUUCAUUAAUGGCGAAGAAGCUCGUAACAAGACUAAUAUUAAUUAAUAGCAGAUAUGUAGAAAUAUUUUAGUAACUAAUCAUUCUUAAUUUUGUUUCGUGAUUUUUAGUUUAUGUCAAUACAUGUGAUUAUAUUUAAAACAUUAUGUGUUAAAAAAUUUUGAUCAAAUAAAUUGAGGCGGCAAUUUCGGUUUUUAUAUAGAUCGAUAACUAACAUACCAUAAAUAUUAUAUAUGAUGACGUAAUUAUGAUCCACCGCCAUAACGCACAUUAUAGGCCGAAGUUUGCUUAUUAAAUAAUCAUAACUCUUGUAGGCCAUAUUUUUCAUUUCAAAUCGACAAAACUUGAUCGUAUGGUUUAACAUAUAUGUGAAAAUAAGGUAUGAAUUAUGAUUAUGAGAAUGUUUAAUCAGAUAUUAUAAAUGCUGUUGAUUAUUUAUUUAGUCGAUCGGUAACAUUAUUUCCUUCGCUUUUUAACAAAAGUUGAAACAUCUCUCAUCAACUUAAACAAAAGCUAACCUGCAGUCAGGACUGCAAUCUGUAUCAUAUAUAAUAGAAGUAUAAAGUAAUUCAUUGUUACGAUGGUAAUUUUAGAUUCUGAAUUUGAUUGAGGUAGAAUAUAUGAUUGAUUGUAUAAGAACUGUGUUGUACAAAGAAC